UUAAUUUUUCUUUAAAGAACCUUUAAAGUACAUAAAAAGGAUAAAUAAUUAAAGGUAGAAAGAAGAAAGUUCCAUAAGGGAAAAAUGGCAUCUCAUAAUCAAAUAAGUAGAAUUAUCAUUACAUUUGUUUUGAUUCCAUUACUCACAUUUCAAUGUCAUGUGUGUUCACAAGACAAAGUUAACUUGUCCUUGUAUUAUGAAUCUCUGUGUCCAUAUUGUGCAGAUUUCAUUGUGAACCAAUUAGUUAAAGUUCUCCAAACAGAUCUUGGUUCAAUUGUGAAUCUUAGGCUUGUUCCUUGGGGUAAUACUCAGAUUGCACCUAAUACUAGCUGGAUUUGUCAGCAUGGAACAGAUGAGUGUCAGCUAAACACAGUGGAAGCUUGUGCUAUCAAGGUUUGGUCAAAUCUGACACAUUUCAAGCUUAUAAGUUGCAUAGAACAAUUGCAUCUGCAAAACAAACACUCAUCGUGGCAAUCUUGUUUUGGUUCAACUGGUUUGAGCCUAAAUCCCAUCGAGAAUUGCUACAAUAAUGGACUUGGAUAUCAGCUAGAGACAGCAUACGCAGAUGAAACUACAAAACUGAAACCUGCUCAUAGGUUUGUACCAUGGGUGCUAGUAAAUAAUCAGCCACUUCAAGAAGAUUAUCAGAAUUUUAUAGCAUACGUUUGUAAAGCUUAUAAAGGGCGCACUAAACCACAAGCUUGCAAAACCAAAUCACUCAAGAUCAAUAAAAUUAGCGCGCAAGAUACUAAUCCUCGAGUUUGCUUUAGAUGAUAGUCGUGAGCUGGGUUCAGAACGUCGUGAGACAGUUCAGUCCAUAUCCGGUGUGGGCGUUAGAGCAUUGAGAUGACCUUUCCCUAGUACGAGAGGACUGGGAAUCGCUUCUUAGCUUUAUUAAGGAUUUGGCCCGAACUGUUCUGCAGAUUCCCACGCGUUACACACCCGUUCUCUGUGUGUGUGUGUGUGUGUGUGUGUGUAAGUUGUUUUUGAGUGCAAAACUUAUAAACUUUUAAUGAGUUUUAUGUUUCGUAAGAAAUAAUGCAACAAUUGUUCUGUAAUAAAUUAGACUUUUUUAUUAAUAUAUGAAAGAGAGUAUUUGAAGAUUU